CGGGAGUUAGGGUCAGCUUGGGGAAUAAAAAGUCAGGGCGACUGUGUUUUUGGCUGAGGAGUGAAAGUGCUGUGGAAGUGAAGGGGUUUUGUCACCAGGGCUAGAGAUGGGGGAGAACGAGAAAUUCUGAGGAACAUUAUUUUUCCCUCCCCACCCCCACCCCUACAUUUUCCAGGAUGGAAGCCCGAAGUUUGAGGGAGAAACUUGUGAGGAAAUAAAGGAAGUUAGGAUGAGGGGCAGAGAGCGAGACUUUUCUAUUUUCCAAAAGCUCGGUCUGAGGCCCCUCAGUCUUGCUUCCUACCCCGCGCUUGAGUUUCUCCCCGGUUGGAUUCUCUCAGGGGCAGAGAAGAGACAAAAUUCCUGGCUUGCUUAGAGGGCCUUGUUCUCCUUGGCAGAAGCUCAAGUCCUGAUUCCCGCCCUCCCUUCUCGUUUUAGGGAUAUUAUGCUGAGAAGCCACAGAAAAGGGUAUGGGCUUAUUUUGCCAAAGAAAACACAGCAGUUGCACCCUGUUUUGCAAAAACCGUCAGUGUUUGGGAAUGAUUCUGAUGAUGAUGACGAGACUUCUGUGAGUGAGAGCCUUCAGAGGGAAGCUGCUAAGAAGCAAGUAAUGAAGCAGACCAAACUGGAAAUCCAGAAGGCCCUUGCAGAAGAUGCCACUGUGUAUGAAUAUGAUAGUAUUUACGAUGAAAUGCAGAAAAAAAAGGAAGAAAGUAAUCCUAAAUUACUCCUGGGAAAAGACCGAAAGCCCAAGUAUAUUCACAACUUACUAAAAGCAGUUGAGAUCAGGAAAAAGGAGCAGGAAAAAAGAAUGGAAAAGAAAAUUCAGAGAGAGCGAGAAAUGGAAAAGGGAGAAUUUGAUGAUAAAGAGUCAUUUGUGACAUCUGCUUAUAAGAAAAAACUGCAGGAGAGAGCUGAAGAGGAAGAACGAGAAAAGAGGGCUGCUGCACUUGAAGCACGUUUGGAUGUAACUAAGCAGAAAGAUCUCAGUGGAUUUUACAGGCACCUAUUAAAUCAAGCAGUUGGUGAAGAGGAAGUACCUAAAUGCAGCUUUCGUGAAGCCAGGUCUGGAAUAAAGGAAGAGAAAUCAAGAGGUUACCCAGAUGAAGUGAGUUCAGAGAACAGAAUACCAUAUGAGAAAUGUGUUUUCCAAACUGGUAUGAAAGUAGAGGAAAACCCAGAUGCAGACAGUGAUUUUGAUGCUAAGAGCAGCGAGGAUGAUGAAAUGGAAGAAAAUAAUAAAGUGAACUGCAGAAGGGAAAAAAGUACAGAGACCUCCCAAAGUGACCCCAAGCAUCACAGGAAUCAAACUCACUCACGGUCAUCAUCUAGUGAAGAAAGAGGACAUAAUGCCAAACGCCACACAAAAAGUUCUAAGUCAAGAGGACAUGAGAAAAGGGAAGAUAAGUUCCAAGAGAGACAGUCCAGGGACCAGGAGAGGUAUUACACUGACCAUGAUUACCUAAAAGAAAAGAAAGAUUUUCAUAAGCAUAGCGAGGCCAAUCAUAGACAAUUUCACUGGAUGAGGCAUGAACAAGAAGUUAAACCAAGAGGAAGAGACCAAAGAGAAAGAGAAAGAAAUGACAGAGAGUGGAAAAGGGAGAAAGAUAGGGAGAAAUAUCCCCCAAGAGAACAAGAAAGAGAUAGACAACAAAAUGACCAUGACCGACACAGUGAAAAAGGAGGAGAAAAGGAAGAGAAAAACAAAGAAAAAGAAGAGCAUAUGAAAGUUAGGAAGGAAAGAUAUGAGAACAAUGAUAAAUACAAAGACAGGGAAAAACGAGAAGUAAGUGUUCAGUCUUCAGAAAGAAAUCUAGAAAGAAAGGAAAGCAGCCCAAGUUCUAGAGCAAAGGAUAGGUUGUUUGACCAUGAAAAAUCCAACAAAAUGGGAAACAUGGAAAAAGACAAAGAAAGAAACCAAGAGAAACCCUCUAGCUCUGAAACAUCAUUGGGAGCAAAACCCAGAAUCACAGAGAAAAGGCUAGAGAAGGGCGAAGAACAAGAGAGUCUACCUGGGGCAGUGAGCAAGUUUGCAAAGCGGAACAAUGAAGAAACUGUGAUGUCUGCUAGAGACAGGUACUUGGCCAGGCAAAUGGCACGGGUUAAUGCAAAGACCUAUAUUGAGAAAGAAGAUGAUUGAUGACUGCAUCAAUAGAUCUAUGGAAGCACAGAAAAUUAUUACUCCUGGAACAUGCUGUAUAAAAGAAAAAAGUGUGUUAACAAUGGUUUGGGAGGAUAUUUUAAAAAUAUAUUCCAAAAUUGAUUUUUGGUUUAGGUUUAAAUCAAAAGACAGUCCUUUUACCUUGAAUGUUUGAAUUUAUAUAAUCUUAUUUACUUAGUACCACAUUUUUGGUUAUAUUCAAGUAACCGUAAGAGUGUACUAAAUGACUGUAUGUACUUAAUGAGGACAAUUGGCUCUAGUACAACCAGUAAAAAAUGAUUUAAACAACUACCCUGAUAAUGUUGAUUUUGAUGCAGGAGCUGUUUUGUUUUACAAGUACUGAAUUUCAUAUUAUGUGGAGUUGAACAAUAAAGUGGAGAGAGGAUAUGGUUAUAUUCUAUGCUCUGAAAUUUGUAUUACAGUACAAAAUGUGCAUCAUAUAUCUUGUCUAAAUAACUUUUUAGCCCACAGCAUACUUGGACUUAAGUGAAAAUAAAAGUAGUGAUACACUUAUACAUUUAA